AUGUUACCAUUGAAAGAAAUUGAUUCUUCUCAGAAACAUAAUAAAAAUGAUGGCAGGCCUGUGUACAAAAUGUAUGCAUUCCGAUUUGUGGAAGCUGGCCUUCGAAGAACAUUUUGGUAUUUCGGAAGGUCAAUUCCAACUAAAAAAGCUUUAUUUGUGUUUCUUCCUAUAGCAUUUGUUUUGCUAUCUUUGAUCGGUCCAGUAAUGCAUCGAGAACGGAUGAAACUUUUGCCACCAUUUGAUACUUUUGUUUUUUGUAAUUCUGCACAUUAUCCUGCAUCUGGCCAUAGUAAUCUACGUGCAAUUACACGUACUGAUCCUAUAUUUAAUGGCUCUAAUCCAGCUUAUAGUGUUAUUAGACGUGAUUCACCGUCUGAAUUUUCCAUAAUAAUGCAUUCAAAAAACUAUGAUUCAAUAAUUUUGGAUGAACCAAUAAAUUUAUUUGCAAAAUUAGAUCAAUCAGUGAAAACGAUCGUUGUGAAUUACGAAAGGACGAAUUUAACGUGGUCAGAAUUAUGUCGUGAGGAAUGCACCGAAAAUGAUAAUAUUCUACAACAAAUAAUUGAAAGUGAUUCUCAAAAAACGCUUACUUAUCCUGAAACUUUUAUUACUAACAAAAAAACUGGAAAUUCAACACGUUUAUUUCUAGGACUUGUCGUUGGAGUUUGUUUUUUUUAA